AGUUCAUUUACCUUCGAAACUCUCUCUCUGCAUCGGGUCAUUUUCUCAAACACUGAACCCCACCUUCCCUAGAUCUCUCCUCGAAACUGUAACACUGAAGCUUCGAAAUCAAUCUACGAAAUGGUUUGCCUCUGAUUUUCUCUAGUUCUGUUGUCGUUUUGAGUUUGGUCUGACUUUGGAUCAAAAUGGACGGCGGUGGCGGCGAUGGUACGAUGAGGCUAGGGGCUCUGAACUUGAGGCCUGAUCGGAGCGGCUUGGAAUUGGGCCAGGAUGUAUCCGUUUCGUCGCCUGUGACGAGACAGAAAGCUGCUGCCGCGAAGCAGUUCAUAGAGAAUCAUUAUAAGAACUACUUGCAAGGAUUGCAAGAUCGUAAAGAGAGACGUCAAGCACUUCAAAGAAGAGCACAAGAAGCUCGGGUAUCAAAUGAGGAACAAGAGGAGAUGAUGAGGAAUUUGGAACGCAGGGAAACUGAAUACAUGAGGCUGCAACGACGUAAAAUUGGUAUUGAUGACUUUGAACAAUUAACUGUGAUCGGAAAAGGUGCAUUUGGUGAGGUCAGAUUAUGCAGAGCCAAAAGCACUGGAGAGAUCUUUGCCAUGAAGAAACUGAAGAAGUCUGAGAUGCUUAGCCGUGGGCAGGUUGAGCAUGUCCGAUCCGAGAGAAACUUACUUGCUGAAGUCGAUAGUCGAUGCAUUGUAAAACUUUUCUAUUCCUUCCAAGAUUCUGAUUUCUUAUACCUUAUCAUGGAAUACUUACCUGGUGGAGACAUAAUGACACUAUUGAUGAGAGAAGAUAUUCUUUCUGAAGAUGUUGCACGCUUUUACAUAGCAGAGAGCAUUCUAGCUAUACACUCCAUUCAUCAGCACAGUUAUGUUCAUAGGGACAUAAAACCUGAUAACCUGAUACUGGACAAGAAUGGCCAUUUAAAGCUUUCUGAUUUUGGCCUGUGCAAGCCCCUGGAUGAUAAGUAUUCAACAAUUUUACUGGAAAAUGAAGAUAUUUCUAAUCAAGAAGGUGCAAUUGAUGCUGAAGGACAUUCCGUUAGUGAUCGAGCUCCUUGGUCAAUGCCUAAAGAAAAGUUACAACAAUGGAAACGUAAUCGCCGUGCACUGGCCUAUUCAACUGUUGGAACUCUUGAUUAUAUGGCACCUGAAGUGUUGCUAAAGAAGGGAUAUGGAAUGGAGUGUGAUUGGUGGUCUCUGGGUGCAAUCAUGUACGAGAUGCUUUUAGGCUAUCCUCCCUUCUGUUCUGAUGAUCCCAGAAUCACAUGCCGCAAGAUAAUCAACUGGAAAACAUGCCUCAAAUUCCCUGAGGAACCAAAGAUAUCAAAUGAAGCCAGAGAUCUCAUUUGCCACUUGCUCUGUGAUGUUGAAACAAGGCUGGGGACCGGAGGAGUUGAUGAAUUAAAGGCACAUCCAUGGUUCAGAUGCAUUCAGUGGGAUGCGCUAUAUGAAAUGGAAGCUGCAUAUACGCCUACAGUCAAUGGAGACUUGGAUACUCAGAAUUUUGAGAAAUUUCCUGAUUUGGAAGGCCCACCGUCCACAAUUCCAAGUGUGGGACCAUGGAGGAAGAUGUUGACGUCCAAAGAUACCAACUUCAUAGGAUUUACUUUCAAGAAAUCUGACGUCCUCGAGUCACUAGAAAGUUCAGGUGCUGAUGUGAAAUCAAAUGUAUCUUCAAAGGCUCCAUCGUUAAUUUCCUUAUUAGGCCAGAUUGACCUGCAAGAAGAUGUGGUACCAAACGGGGAUCAAACACUGGAAGCUUAAUUACCAACCUUCACAUUUUGAUUUGAUUGCAUUAGGUGUUCUUCACAAGUAAAAUCUGAGAAAGGAAGAAUUAUACAAGGCAAUAGUAGUUGUGCAGACAUGAAUAAGGGCAUGAGCCCAAAAGUUGACGUGAUGUUGGGUUCUAUUCAUUUUUUUAAUUCUCUUGCAACAAACAUGAUCUGAUAUUGUAAAGCCGGUAAAUAGUCCAAUUCAACUGGGAUACGAUUUUUUGAGAGCUUAUUUUCACUGUUGAUACAAUUUUGUACAUUAGAACAGGCAUCUCUUCUUCUUC